AUGGAUAUUAACGAAGGUACUUCUAUAGAGGAUUUGUGGACACCAUACAAAGAAUUGGUUGCUGUGGUGGAGGGAUACCUUGCUCAUGAGAAUGGAGGAGUACCAUAUGCUGUUCACACAUUUGAAUCAGUUCUAAGACGGCAUAAGCAGACUUUCUUAUCACUUUUAAAAUAUCCUCCAAAAAACCCAGCAAGCAGGGAGGAGAUAAAAAGAGGUGUAACAGAAGGUGUGAAUUUGCCUAGUAUAGGAAGAACACUAUUAUCAAAAGAGCUUAUAGAUGAGGCAAUUAUUAUAUCAGACAUGUACAAUGUGAAUGAAUAUGUGUGCCUGGAGCUCUUGCACACGGCGCAGCGACAGGCUGCACGGCAUCCAGCCUUGGCUCGAGGGUUGCUUGCUGUGCUUCUGUAUCAUGACGGGCGACGCGCUUUAGUGCAGGCGCUACGCUCGCUCCUGGUGGCUCGUGACGGAGUCUGCUGGACAAUAAAUGCACGUGAGGAGAUAGUGAACUAUGUUACCCGCUACGUUGAGCAACUAAUAUCGGAUGGGCUGCUGGGCAACGUUUUGGAUGCUCUUCGCCGCUGCUCUCUGGACUCGGAACUGGAGCUUCUGCAGAACAACAGGGCCUUGCCGCCUGGACGCCACCACGUGAGGCUCAUCUCUACUAUAGAGACAACCAGAAAAUUACUUGCCGGUGUCAUAUUCGCUGCAUCAGCACAGAGGGGCCUCGAGCGGGAUAUACUGCUUAGAUUAUUCAGAGAACAAAUGACGUCCCCCUCACAUGGACCCACUGGCGCCUUAGAUGAGAUAUCGCUUGCACUCCAAAUGUCUCUUCUCUACGCUUUAGACUUGUCGGUUUUACACAGGCGAGAGGACGGCGAAGAACUGGCGAAGAAGUUGCCUCUCAUCCAGGAUCCAGAUCUGAUAUCUGUCCUGUUGGACGAGCUGUCGCCCCCGACCAACCCUAACCAGACUCAGGAUGGUCAAGACAAGGGCUCAGGGCUGAGGGCUCUGUGCCAACUGUCGCUGGGGUUGUCUCUAGCGGCCCUGAAAAGAGCACCCCAGUCCCUACUGAGGGGAUCAAACACUGGAGAGAUCAAGAGUGAACUACUGGACCAGGACGAAGUACUUGUAGACGCUGCUAUUGAUGGAAAAGUGUUCGAGUACCUCCACGACGCGAUCCUGUCGAGCGACUUGGUGGCCUCCGAGGAGUACUACCAGCGGCGCAUCCACUCGCUGAUCACGGACUUCAUCGUCCUCAUGCACUCCAAACUUAUGGAGAUGAGGGUCAAGGCGGAGGAGGCGGCGCGCGCGGUGGCGGCGUACGCGGCGGAGGGGCUGGCGGCGCCGGGCGGCGCGGCGGCGGGGCGCACGCGGCUGGGCGCGCUGCUGCUCUGCGUGGAGCGGCUCUACGCGCGCGACCCGCUCGCGCUGCGCGGCGACUACUGGCGCGCGUGCGACGCCGCGCCGGCCGCCAUCAGGGCGGGCGGGCGGUCGGCGUCGCUGUACAAGUUCGUGCGGCUGUCGGGCGAGGCGGUGUGCGCGGCGCUGCUGGGCGGCUACCUGCGCGCGCUGGCCGCGCUGGCCGUGCCGCGCCACGCCUGGGCGCUGCUGGCGCGCCGCGACGCGCUCUCCGCCCACCACCUGCUCACCGCGCUGCAGCUCUACCACCGGAACCUCCGCGCCGACCCUGCGCCGUUCUCUGACCAUCUGCACUCGUCGUCUUUGGGCGCAUCCGCCAUACUGACCCCGGCGGCUAGACCAGGGAAGCUGCUGGUCAGGCAGGAAGAGGUGGAGGCGAUGAUAGCCGCCCUGAAACUGAUCGCGGCGGUGGCGCGUGUCGACGAAGCGGCAAGCUGCGCCAUCUGCGAGAAUCUUCAGUGGGACGCAAUUAACUGCAUGUUUGGCCUGAUCUGCUGCCACGUGCCGAUCCAGCUGAAGGCGCAGCUGUGCCUGACGCUGGCGGCGCUGGGCGGGCGCGCCGCCACCGCGGGCCGCGUGUGGGCGGCGCUGGAGGCGGCGCAGCUGGUCUCCGCGGCGGCCGACAGGCGGGCGCUCAACGCGGAGCUGCACGAGGUGGAGUGCCGCAUGGAGGAGUACCCGUUGUCGCGCGCGUUCCUGCAGCUGCUUGAAGCGCUGUGCAGCGCCGCGCCGCUGCCUCGCGCCCUGGGCGCCGGCACUCGCCCCCCCGGCCUGGAGCCCUACGUGCAGCACGUGCUGCAGCGCUUGGCGCUGCCCGCGCCGCACCGCAGCUACGCGCUGCCGCACGAGGAGUGGCAGGUGCUGGCGCUGUGCUUCCGUCUGUUCGCGCGCUGGCUGGAGCAGUACGAGCCGAGCGGCGGGGACUUCCCGCCGGCGGGCCGCGAGCCGGAGUCGAACCCGCCGCCCGGCUUCACGCUGCUGCUGCAGCUGCACGCCGACUCGGAGCUGCUGCGGCUGGCGCUCGGCUGCCUCGACCGCGCCAACCACCUGCUCGACCGCCAGCCCCCGCCCGGCAAGGAGUUUGUGGAGGAGGCGCUGGUGAGCGUGCUGCGGAUGCUGGAGAGGGCGCUGACGCUGGAGCGAGCUUUGACCUCGGCCGCUGCGGAGGCCGGUCGAGCGGUGCUCAUAGUCGGUCUAUCGAAACUGAUGCUGGCGCCGUGCGGGCCGGAGAAGUGCGACCGGCUGGUGUCGUGCUGCCGCGCGGUGGGGCGGGGCGGCGAGGCGGGGCGGCGCGCCGUGGCGCUGCUGCGCAGGGCGCUGCUCUCGCCGCGCGCCGCGCGCCACCUGCUGGCCUCGCUGGCGCACCGCCACGCGCUCGCCGCGGAGAUCAGGCGAGUGCCUCGCUGCCAUCCUCAUUUCUAUCGCACC